UGGCGACAAAUUUAAAGUCUUGAAUUGGAUUUGUGUCAAAUAUAAUUUUAAUUGAUAUUAUAGUGUAUUAAAUAUAGUGUUGUAAUGGGUAAUUGUUGGGCUAUAUUUCGACGACGUAGAUUACGUCGUCAUAUAGUUUUAAUACUAAUCGGUUUAGACAACGCGGGUAAAACUAAGACAGUGAAUAAUUUGGCUGGAGAAAAAGAUGAUAAAGUUUUGCCUACGGUUGGUUUUAAAGCUGUUAAUCUAAUACAUAAAGAUACACCCGUGACUAUCUACGAUUUAGGCGGCGGGCCGCAAUUUCGUCAAAUAUGGAGUCAAUAUUACAGCGAAGUGCAUGGAAUCAUUUUUGUUAUUGACUCAAGUGAUUUUCAACGCUUGGACGAAUGCAAAGCUGUUCUCGAAGAAGUUUUAUCACAUGACCGAAUAUCAGGUAAGCCAGUGCUUGUGCUGGCUAAUAAACAGGACAAGGAUGGUGCGCUUGACGACAUCGAUGUUGUUGAGAAGCUCAACAUUGAACCACUGGUCAACAAGUACAGAUGUCCAACAUUAGUUGAAUCUUAUACAGCGUAUCCAACAGAAACCAAAUCUAAGAAGCCGAAAAUUGAUCCCGGUUUACGCAAAGGCUAUCAUUGGCUGUUAAAUUAUAUAGUCCGUAGAUACGGUGAUAUUAAUUUACGUGUACAAACAGACAUACACGCUGACUUAGAGAGACGUAAACGAUUAUUAAAUAGGGCUGCCAAUCGAACUUCACAGACGUUUACAGCUGAAAGUGAUGAUGUGGGUACACAAACAGGUUUUGAAAACCCUAAUUUUGAUCCACAUAGAGUAGAUAGAGAGAAAGAUCUAGAAAAAGGUGUGAUUAUAGUUAAACCUAUUGGAAUUAAACCCAAUAGUUUGGACACAACAAUCACUGUAGAGAGUGUCGAAGAUACGGAUACUAGUGGUAAACCGAAAUUAUCACCGUUGUUUGGACGUAGCAGUAAUAGUACGGUAAACGAGACUGUCCGGAUAGAAUUGGAGCCUAGAAAUGAAUUUAGAAAACUAUCUCCGAUUGUCCGGAAGAAGAGCGCUGGAUCGCAGCCGUUUGAUUUCAAGAAUAGGCCGCAUUCGAGUCCGACGACAAAUAAAAUCAAGGCCAGUCAAAGUACUGUAUCAAAGAAUUCAUCAAUCCAAGAGGACGACAUCAAAGAAGACAUGAUCUUAAAAUACUCGGGUGAUAAUAAAACUUGGGACUCAGGUCUCAAACAUCGAGUUUUUGUCAAAGAUGUGGAACUGUCGCAGAUGCAUAGAGAGAUUGUGCUCACUGAGAGAGAAGGUCAAGUGAAAACUGCAUCAUCAGAUAUAUUGACUUCAGCGACAUUACCACUAAGUGCUAGACCCGCCUCCGCUUCUCAACUGGUGCGUCGUCAGCUGGAGAUCUGCUCACAGCAUAAAAGACGGCUCAGUCUCAGAUAUAUGCAACGUAACAAGACAAGUCCUGAAAGAAUGUCAGCUAUGGUCUAUGAACCGAAGUCUCAAAGACAUCUCGAUAAAGGUGAUUUCCAGCAACCUACGAUAACUAACUGAAUAUGAUGCCAGUGUUGCAAUAAGAGAAGAAAAAAACAGAAUUAUAUGUUAUUCACUCUAAAAUUAUAAGAUUUUUU